AUGAAAUUUGAACAAUUUAUAGUUGCCAUUAUUUCGGUUAUUUCUUUCGUUUCAGGCUUCCCAUUUAGAAGACAAAUUGCUCCUCCUCUUUUCACUAAUACCACCAUUCCACAUAAUAACGGUACUAAUGGUACCGGUGGUGGAGGCGGCCAAGAAGGUGGUGGAGGGCAAGGAGGUGGAGGUGGCUCUGGUGGUGGCUCAGGUGGCGGCUCCGGUGGUGGCUCUGGUGGUGGCUCCGGUGGUGGCUCCGGUGGCGGCUCCGGUGGUGGCUCUGGUGGUGGCUCCGGUGGUGGCUCUGGUGGCGGCUCUGGUGGUGGCUCUGGUGGCGGAUCUGGUGGUGGUUUGAUAACUUCACCUGGAAGUUCAUAUUGUUACCCAAGUAAUGGCCACUAUCCUGGAGAUACUAUCACAACUGGACGCAAAAUUGGAAUCUUUUACACUGGUGGCUAUUUGGCAAAUAUACAACAUUCUGAUGUAACAGUAGAAAGGCUAUUCAACAUUACCAAUACCGAAUUAAACAUCACACAGUUGUAUUCUGUUGCUGCUGCUGUUAAUAAGACACUGGGUAACGGUGAGUAUAAGGGUGUCUUGAUUGUCGGUAAUAAUAACUCGUUGACAGGAUUGGGGUACUUCUCAUCAAUUCUGUUUAAUACGAAUAAAACUAUUGUUAUUUCUAGUAAUUCUACUCUAGGUCUUCCAAUUGCAAAUCAGAGCUUAUCGACUAACAGGGGCCCCAUUUUGACCCAUAAUGAUAGUGCUGUUUAUUCUGGUGGGUUACCACCAUACAAAGUUCCUAUCGGUGUAUUAGACACCAAUGGCACUGCGCAUUAUUUCUACCGUGGUGGUCUACCUAAGUUCUUCGACAGAGGUUCAGGUUUAAGGUUGAACUAUACAAACUUCACAGAUCCUGGAGCUUACAACAAGACACGUACCAUUCCAACGAUACGUAUUGUCAACCAAACUAAUGUCACUGAUGAUUUCAUCAGAAAUGUGGCUCCAAAUCUACAGGGACUAGUUGUCAACAUCACUGGUACGCCAUUCACAACUACUGGAUUGCAAUCGUUACGUUAUCCUGUGAUGUUUGUGAAGGACCAACAACAGCUGGCAUUCGUUAGUAAGUGGAACGUGCCUACGGGUAUUAUUCCCGGCGGGUACUUGAGCCCCGCUCAAGCUCAACUAUUCCUAUACGUCGCCGCUCUGAACAAUGCCACUAGCCCUGCAGCAUGGUCUCAGUGGUUCGGUAAUCCAGACAUCAUCUAG